UGAUUUUAUAAAUUUACAAUGAAUUUAGUUGUAGUGACGUGUAAAAGAAAAUAUUAAAAGUGUUAUUUGCUUGCAAAAAAUAAAUGUGGUGACAAAAUGCCUCUAACAUCAGAAGAAAUCGCCAACCGCUAUCCCAUUCAUUGGCUUGUUUGGAACAACAAGCACGAAGAAUUAGCGGAGGCCUUACAAAACAAUAAGUUUACGUCAGAAGAUAUAGAAAAACGUGAUCCUCGUGGUAGGACGCCUCUUCUGUUAGCUGUAACAUUAGGAUACAUAGAGGUUGUACAGGCACUUAUCAAUGCUGACGCUGAUGUUAACUGCGAAAAAGAUGGAUGGACAGCUGUACAAGAAGCAACGGCGACAGGUAACUCUGAGCUGCUAUCCCUGGUGUUGUCUCGUCGUGACUAUCAGAGGCACGUAGUCCGAUCCAGUGGGAUACCUGAUCUGCUGAAUAAACUCAGUCUAGCACCAGACUUCUAUGUUGAAAUGAAAUGGGAGUUUACUAGCUGGGUGCCGCUAGUUUCACGAAUGUGUCCAUUCGAUACGUACAAAGUAUAUAAACGCGGUGCAAAUGUACGCGUCGAUACAACUCUAGUUGGAUUUGAGAAUAAUCGGUGGCAGAGAGGAGACCGAACUUAUAUAUUUAGAGGACAAGGCCGCGCCGCCAGCCUGGUGGAGCUGGACCACGAGGCGGGCACGGUGUGGCGCGAGGAGCUGCGCGCCGCGCCGCGCGCCGGCCCGCCGCCCGCGCGCCGCCUGCUGGCGCAGCGCCUGGCCGCGCCCGUCGCGCUCACUUACCUCGACACCGACAAGAUCUGCUUCGAGAGAAACAAGUGCGGUAUAUGGGGCUGGCGGCAGGACAAAAGCGAGGUGGUGAACGGGUACGAGUGCAAAGUAUUCGGAGCCAACAAUGUCGAGCUGGUCUCCAAGACUCGUACUGAACACCUGCCUCGGGGGGAGCGCCGGGCUCAUACACCUCGGGCGCCUCUGGCUGGUCUACUGGCUCUGGCUGAUAGUGACGAUGCUCCUUCCAAUCAUUCCCUCCCCUCCACACCCGACGAACCGCUGCUUACUCCCGACAGGGAGGAACCGCCUAAACGAAGCAAUUCAAGAGAAGAACUCCGACCAGUGACGUGGCAGGAGUAUUUCUCAGACGAACCGCUGGAGAGAGACAUCGGUCGGCUUAGAGAGAUAUCCACCAAGGUGCAGAAGUUCAAAGCGACGUUAUGGCUGUGUGAAGAUUAUCCUUUACAGCUUCAGGAACAGAUAAUGCCUAUCUUAGAUUUGAUGGCUGCAAUAUCAUCUCCACACUUUGCGAAACUAAAAGACUUCAUCCAAAUGCAGUUACCGGCAGGUUUUCCUGUAAAAAUAGAGAUCCCGCUGUUCCACGUGCUGAACGCGCGCAUCACGUUCGGCAACAUCUUCGCGACGGAGACGGCCGUGCCGCACGUGCAGAGCGUGCAGGCGGGCGCGCUGGCCUGCGUGCUGGACGACGCGUGCUUCGCCGUGCCGCGCGCCUACCGCGACGCGCUGGCCGACGGCGCGCGCGCGCCGCCCUGCGACGACGAGCUGCUGCACUACGCCAUCCAGCAGAGCCUCAUGGAGGCCGGCUCGCACGACGACCAGGUGGACGUGUGGGAGGCGCUCCGCGGCGCGCGCAGCUCGUCGCCCGCGCCGCCGCGCGCGCUGCUGGCGCACGAGGACGCGCACCUGCAGCGAGCGAUAGAGGCGUCGCUGGCCGACGCGCGCGACAGCGAGCACGAGCAGAGCGCAGAGCAUCAGAGAGCGGAGCAGAGCACAGACGAGCAGGACGACGCCGAGCUGGCGGCCGCGCUCGCGCUGUCGCUGCGGGAGCACGCGGCCCGCGACCGCGCGCUGGCGGACGAGCAGCGCGCGCUGGACGAGGCGCUGCGGCUGUCGCUGCUCGACCACUGAACGGAUCUCAAAACUGAAACGUCCACCAAAAGACUUAACGCCUAAGAGUACGACUGACGACGCGACAAUCGCAACCAUCCAAAGACGUCACGCCACGACCGCAAUCGGUUCGUUCUAGUAUAGUUAGUGUUUAAUGCUGUGCGAGAUUAUUACUUUAUAAAAAUUGUAUAUGGACUGAAUGUUUACCAUGUUUAAAAUGUAACAAAAUUUUAAUG